AGGAGAAAAGGCUUGGAGCAUGGCUGUGUCUGCAGGUUUGGGAGACAUUUUACAUUUUGUUUUAACUGCAAAGAUAUGAGUAAACUAAAUGUGGUACUGUUGACCAUCAAUGGAAGGAGUUGAAAUAUCACCUGGCUAAUUUUAGGUCACAUCCAAGCAGAUGGGUCAAAUUAAAUGCUCCCUGGACACCCGCUCUUGCUGCUGUCUGUGCUACUGGAGGGGAGACGAGCGGAGGUGCCGUAGUCGAUCCUGCUUUGCUCCCUGCUGCAGUUCACCUAUGUUCUCUGCAGUUGCGUUCAACUGCUCACCCUGGUCAGCGAUCCCAUGUAACGGUUCCAGGCCACCGCUUUUCCGCUUCACAACAAGAAGAUGAAGGCCAGGAUUCCGGUUUGGAUCCUCGCCAUCUGGGCUUUUGGGUUACUUAUAGCUAUCCUUUCGCUGGCUCUGGCCAGACGUUAUCUGUUUUACAUGAUGUGCCGUUGUCACGUAGACAAACACGUGACGUUUGGCGCAUAUAUAUUUGGUUCCAGUGUGGGGCUGCAGCCUGACUUUAAUAGUUAUUCACUACGCGUGGAUAUUUAAAGUAGUCAGGCAACACGGUAACAAAGUAUCAGACCGCGAGAUUCAGCUGAGGCCCUCUGUGUCGAGGCACAUCUGGAGUUGGCAGAACUCUGUUGUUUCAGCACCGCGGAUAGCACCGGGGCACACGUUCAAAUCCUUACUAGCGGCUGUAGCGUUGCGGAUUCUGCAACUCCCACGGUGCACGGUGAUCACAGUGUCUGAGGAGACCAGCACCCCUGCAGCGGAGAAAGCUUAGGAGAGAAUGAGGGCCGUGUGUCUCCUCACCCCCACCGCUAGGGAGAGGGGACAGAAGAGGACAGAGGGGAAACUGGCAAAGCGCUUUGGGUACAUCAUCAUCACCUUCACUCUCUUCUGGAUGCCCAUGGUUGUGAUUCUGCUAAUACACGCCAUCGUGACGAGGGGCAGAGACUCAAGCUGGGUCUUGAAGGAGCUGGAGACCUCAGCCAUGAUCCUGACCUGUGUCCCUGUAGCUGUGGACCCCCUCAUCUACACCAUGGUCACCAGACAGUUCCGCUCUGAGUUCAGCAAACUGCUCUCCUCACUUCACCGCAGGGGCUGAGGAAUCAAUCCAGACCCAGGAGGACUGAGAACUGGGACCCCUGGACAGAAGUCAAGGCUGGUCUGUGGAGGAUUCAAUUGUAGUGCCCUGUCAGCACAAUAUCAUUUAAUACAAUUGAGAAUUCUAUCAUCAUGUGUAAAUAAUCUAAUAACAUCUCACUUUUGAGGUUUUUACCUGAGUUUAUUCAGGUAAAUAUUAAAACAUGCUAGCGAGGCUGGUAUCCUUUUUAUCACAUGUACAGAUGUAUGAAUUGAAUAGACAGUAGCUAAUGGGAUUGUACAGUAUGUGCCGUAACGAUGCCUUUAUGAGGGGUAUGACUGUUUAGCGUCUGUACUUACUGUCAUCAGCAUGUGUGAAAUUGCAAUUAGUGAAGGAAGAAAAGCUACUUACAACUAUAAUACAGACACACACACACACACACACACACACACACACACACACACA